GAACAGAUAUAACCACUCCUCUGCAAAAUUUUCUUUAUCUCCCUUUUAAUAUAAUGCCAAAAGUUAAAGUAAUUUACAAAUACCUUGGUGAUAAUUAUGAGGCCUUUACAAGAAAGCUUGUCAACACAUCUAAUUCCAAGGAUGGAGAUGUAUUGACCUGUAAAGUAUGUCACAAAGUGUGGCAAAGAGAUGCAAAUGCAGCUCGCAAUAUGAUGAUGAUGAUCUCAGAAGUUAUCUGGUCAGUAGAAGGAAUAUGGCUAAUUUUAAAACCAAAGAAGAAGAGUAAUAUAAUUGCCACAGCAAGCACGAUUGCCUUCUAG